AAUUAAGGCCGUUUCGCCAGGCGCCCCCCCCCCCCCCAGCGGCUCCUUCCCCCGCCGGGCGCGGCUCGUCCCAGUUCUGCUCCGGCCACGGACCGGACCGGACCGGCUCUGCCAGCUCUGCCCGCCCGGCUCGGCUCGGCUCCGCCCCGCCGUUAUAAUGAGCGGCUCCCAGGCGCGGCUGCCCCAGGCCGGCGCGGCUCCGGGCGAGGCGGCGGCUCCGGGCGAGAUGCCGGCCACGGAGAAGGACCUGGCGGAGGACGCGCCCUGGAAGAAAAUCCAGCAAAACACCUUCACCCGCUGGUGCAACGAGCACCUGAAGUGCGUCCAGAAGCGCAUCGCCAACCUGCAGGCGGACCUGGCCGACGGGCUGCGGCUCAUCGCGCUGCUCGAGGUGCUGAGCCAGAAGAAGCUGGGGCGCAAGUACAACCAGCGCCCCACCUUCCGGCAGAUGCAGCUGGAGAACGUGUCGGUGGCGCUGGAGUUCCUGGAGCGCGAGAAUAUCAAGCUGGUCUCCAUCGACAGCAAGGCCAUCGUGGACGGGAACCUGAAGCUGAUCCUGGGGCUGAUCUGGACGCUGAUCCUGCACUACUCCAUCUCCAUGCCCAUGUGGGACGAGGAGGACGACGAGGAGACCAAGAAGCAGACGCCGAAGCAGCGGCUGCUGGGCUGGAUCCAGAACAAGCUGCCCGAGCUGCCCAUCACCAACUUCAGCAAGGACUGGCAGAGUGGGCGGGCCCUGGGGGCCCUGGUGGACAGCUGUGCCCCGGGUCUCUGCCCCGACUGGGACUCCUGGGACGCCAGCAAACCCGUCAACAACGCCCGCGAGGCCAUGCAGCAGGCUGACGACUGGCUCGGCAUCCCCCAGGUCAUCACCCCGGAGGAGAUCGUGGACCCCAAUGUGGACGAGCACUCGGUCAUGACCUACCUGUCCCAGUUCCCCAAGGCCAAGCUCAAGCCGGGUGCCCCCCUGCGCCCCAAGCUGAACCCCAAGAAGGCGCGAGCCUACGGUCCCGGUAUUGAGCCCACGGGGAACAUGGUGAAGAGAAGGGCCGAGUUCACCGUGGAGACCAUCAGCGCCGGCCAGGGCGACGUCCUGGUUUACGUGGAGGACCCAGCUGGGCACAGAGAAGAGGCCAAGGUCAUCGCAAACAACGACAAGAACCGAACUUUCUCCGUCUCGUAUAUUCCCAAAGUGACGGGGGUCCACAAGGUGACGGUGCUGUUCGCGGGGCAGCACAUUGCAAAGAGCCCGUUCGAGGUGACGGUGGGGAAAUCGUUGGGCGACGCUGGGCGGGUGACGGCCCAGGGGCCCGGCCUGGAGCCCACGGGCAACAUUGCCAACAAAGUCACCUCCUUCGAGGUCUUCACGGCCGGCGCGGGGGCCGGCGAGGUGGAGGUGACGGUGCUGGACCCCAGCGGGCGGAAGGGGACAGUGGAGCAGCAGCUGGAGGACAAGGGCGAGAGCACCUACCGGUGCACCUACCGCCCGGGCUCCGAGGGCACCUACGCCGUCCACGUGACCUUCGGGGGCACGCCCAUCCCCCGCAGCCCCUACACCGUCGCUGUGGGGCAGGCCUGUAGCCCCAGCGCCUGCCGGGCCACAGGCCGGGGGCUGCAGCCCAAGGGGCUCCGGGUGAAGGAGUCGGCGGAUUUCAAGGUCUACACGAAAGGCGCCGGCAGUGGGGAGCUCAAGGUCACAGUCAAGGGCCCAAAGGGGCCGGAGAGCGUGAAACAGAAGGAUCUGGGCGAUGGGAUUUUUGCCUUCGAGUAUUUCCCCACCCUGCCCGGGAACUACACGGUCACCAUCACCUGGGGGGGGCAGCAGGUGCCACGCAGCCCGUUUGAGGUGAAGGUCGGCCCCGAGUGCGGCAGCCAGAAGGUCCGGGCCUGGGGGCCGGGGCUGGAGGGCGGCGUGGUCGGCAAGUCGGCCGACUUCGUGGUGGAGGCCAUUGGGGACGACGUGGGCACGCUGGGGUUCUCGGUGGAGGGCCCGUCCCAGGCCAGGAUUGAGUGUGACGACCGGGGGGACGGUUCCUGCGACGUGCGCUACUGGCCCCAGGAGCCGGGUGACUACGCCGUGCACGUCCUGUGCAACGGGGCCGACAUUCGCCACAGCCCCUUCAUGGCUGAGAUCCGCCCCGCCCCCCGCGACCUGCACCCCGAGAAGGUGAAAGCCCACGGGCCUGGGCUGGAGAAGACGGGUGUUGCCAUCAACAAACCAGCCGAGUUCACAGUGGAUGCCAAGAACGGCGGGAAGGCCCCUCUCAAGGUCCAGGUGCAGGAUGCGGAGGGCACCCCAGUGGACGUGGCGGUGAAGGACAACGGCAACGGCACCUACAGCUGCUCCUAUGUACCCAAGAAGCCGGUGAAACACACGGCCAUGGUGUCCUGGGGGGGCGUCAACAUCCCCAACAGCCCCUACCGUGUGAACGUGGGGGCCGGCAGCCACCCCCACAAGGUGAAGGUGUACGGCCCCGGCGUGGCCAAGACGGGGCUCAAGGCCCAUGAACCCACCUACUUCACCGUGGACUGUGCCGAGGCCGGGCAGGGUGAUGUGAGCAUCGGGAUCAAGUGCGCCCCAGGCGUGGUGGGGCCGGCUGAGGCCGACAUCGACUUCGACAUCAUCCGCAACGACAACGACACGUUCACCGUGCGCUACACGCCCCGCGGGCCCGGCACCUACACCAUCAUGGUGCUCUUCGCGGACCAGGCCACCCCCACCAGCCCCAUCCGCAUCAAGGUGGACCCAUCCCACGAUGCCAGCAAGGUCAAGGCCGAAGGGCCUGGGCUGAACCGGACCGGCGUGGAGCUGGGCAAACCCACCCACUUCACGGUGAACGCCAAGGCCGGGGGCCGGGCGCCGCUGGACGUGCAGUUCACCGGCCCAGCCAAGGGCGAGGCGGUGCGGGACUCGGAGGUGAUUGACAACCACGACGGGACCCACACAGUGAAAUACACCCCUGUGCAGCAGGGAAACCUGGGCGUGGCCGUGACCUACGGCGGAGACCACAUCCCCAAAAGCCCCUUCAGCGUGGGCGUGGCCCCCUGCCUGGACCUCAGCAAGAUCAAGAUCACCGGCCUGGCUGACAAAGUGGAGGUGGGCAAGGACCAGGAGUUCUCGGUCAAGUCCAAGGGGGCCGGCGGGCAGGGCAAGGUGGCCGCAAAGAUCGCGGGGCCGGCGGGCAAGCCGGUGCCCUGCAAGGUGGAGCCAGGCCUGAGCCCCGACAACAACGUGGUGAAAUUCAUCCCCCGCGAGGAGGGGCCCUACGAGGUGCAGGUGACCUACGACGGAGCCCCCGUGCCCGGCAGCCCCUUCCCCAUGGAGGCCGUGCCCCCCACCAACCCCUCCAAGGUGAAAGCCUACGGGCCAGGGCUGAAGGCCGGCCAGGCCGGCUCGCCCGCCCCCUUCACCAUUGACACGAAGGGGGCCGGCACGGGGGGCCUGGGGCUGACGGUGGAGGGUCCCUGCGAGGCCAAGAUCGAGUGCCUGGACAAUGGGGACGGCACCUGCUCCGUCUCCUACCUGCCGACGGAGCCGGGCGACUACAACAUCAACAUCCUGUUUGCGGGCGCCCACGUGCCCGGCUCCCCCUUCCGGGCGGCCGUCCAGCCCCGCUUCGACCCCUCCAAGGUGACCUGCUCGGGGCCGGGGCUGGAGCGGGCCACGGCCGGCCAGACGGGCCAGUUCCACGUGGACUGUUCACGGGCCGGCAGCGCCGAGCUCACCAUCGAGAUCAUCUCGGAGGGGGGGGCACAGGCCGAGGUGCGGGUGCAGGACAACGGCGAUGGGACCUACACCAUCGCCUACACCCCGCUCUGCUCCGGCACCUACACCAUCACCAUCAAGUACGGCGGGCAGCCCGUGCCCCACUUCCCCAGCACGCUGCAGGUGGAGCCGGCCCUCGACACCUCCGGGGUCAAGGUCUACGGGCCUGGCGUGGACGGUGACGGCGUGUUCCGGGAGGCCACGACGGAGUUCCGCGUGGACGCCCGGGCGCUGGGCGCGGCCGGGGGGCCCCGCGUGAAGACCCGGGUGUCGAACCCCUCGGGGAACCUGACCGAGGCCCUUGUGCAGGACCUUGGCGACGGCACCUACCGUGUGGAGUACACCCCCUACGAGGAGGGCGUCCACUCAGUCGAUGUGACCUACGACGGGAGCCCCGUGCCCAGCAGCCCCUUCCGCGUGCCCGUCACCGAGGGCUGCGACCCGACCCGGGUCCGAGUGCACGGCCCAGGCCUCCAGAGUGGCACCACCAACCAGCCCAAUCGCUUCACCGUGGAGACCAGGGGUGCUGGCACCGGGGGCCUGGGCCUGGCCGUGGAGGGCCCCUCCGAAGCCAAGAUGUCCUGCACCGAUAACAAGGACGGCAGCUGCUCGGUGGAAUACGUCCCCUACGAACCCGGCACCUACAGCCUGAACGUCACCUACGGCGGGCACCAGGUGCCAGGGAGCCCCUUCCAGGUGCCGGUGCACGACGUGGUGGACUCGUCCAAGGUGCUGUGCUCGGGGCCAGGCCUGAUGCCAGGCGUCGUACGGGCCAGCGUGCCCCAGACCUUCUCCGUCGACACCAGCCAGGCGGGGGUGGCCCCCCUGCAGGUCAAGGUGCAGGGCCCCAAAGGUGAGUGCCUGCUGCUGGCGGGGGGAAGAGAAGGGGAAACUGAGGCCCGGCCCACCCCCCCUGAUCCCCGGCAUCUCCCGUCCCCAGGCGUGGUGGAGCCGGUGGAGGUGGUGGACAACAGCGACGGCACGCAGACGGUCAGCUACGUCCCCAGCCGCGAGGGGCCGUACAACAUCGCCGUGCACUACGGAGACCAGGAAGUGCCGCGCAGCCCCUUCAAGGUGAAGGUUCUGCCCACACACGACGCCAGCAAAGUGAAAGCCAGCGGCCCCGGGCUCAACACCACAGGGGUCCCUGCCAGCCUGCCCGUGGAGUUCACCAUUGAUGCCCAGGACGCCGGCGAGGGGCUGCUGGCCGUGCAGAUCACGGACCCUGAGGGGAAGCCCAAGAAGGCCACGAUCCGGGACAACCAGGACGGCACCUACACGGUCUCCUACGUGCCGGACACGACGGGCCGCUAUACCAUCCUCAUCAAAUACGGCGGGGACGAGAUCCCCUACUCCCCCUACCGCAUCCGCGCCCUGCCCACCGGCGACGCCAGCAAGUGCACCGUCACCGGCGCCGGAAUCGGCCCCACCAUCCAGAUCGGGGAGGAGACGGUGAUCACGGUGGACACCAAGGCAGCGGGCAAAGGGAAGGUGACCUGCACGGUCUGCACGCCCGACGGCUCCGAGGUGGACGUGGACGUGGUGGAGAACGAGGAUGGCACCUUCGACAUCUUCUACACAGCCCCCCAGCCCGGGAAAUACGUCAUCUGCGUCCGCUUUGGGGGCGAGCACAUCCCCAACAGCCCCUUCCAGGUCCUGGCCACAGACCGUCCCCUGAUGGGCGUCAACGGCCUGGACGUGGCCGGGCUGCGGCCGUUUGACCUGGUCAUCCCGUUCACCAUCAAGAAGGGGGAGAUCACGGGCGAGGUCCGGAUGCCCUCGGGGAAGGUGGCCAAGCCCGACAUCACGGACAACAAGGACGGGACGGUGACGGUGAGAUACGCGCCCACGGAGGCCGGGCUGCACGAGAUGGACAUCCGCUGUGACAGCCUGCACAUCCCAGGGAGCCCCCUGCAGUUCUACGUGGACUACGUCAACAGCGGGCACGUCACGGCCUAUGGCCCAGGGCUGAUCCACGGCGUGGUCAACAAGCCGGCCACAUUCACCGUCAACACCAAGGAUGCUGGCGAAGGUGGCCUGUCCCUGGCGGUUGAGGGCCCCUCCAAGGCCGAGAUCAGCUGCACCGACAACCAGGACGGCACCUGCAGCGUCUGCUACCUGCCCGUGCUGCCCGGCGACUACAGCAUCGUAGUGAAAUACAACGAGAAGCACAUCGCAGGCAGCCCCUUCACCGCCCGCAUCACCGGCGACGACACACUGCGAAUGUCCCAGCUGAAGGUCGGCUCCUCGGCCGACAUCCCCCUGGACAUCGCAGAGACGGAUCUGAGCCAGCUGACGGCGACCGUCACCCCCCCAUCAGGGCGCGAGGAGCCCUGCCAGCUCAAACGCCUGCGCAACGGCCACGUGGGCAUCUCGUUCGUGCCCAAGGAGGUGGGCGAGCACCUGGUGAAUAUCAAGCGGAACGGGCAGCACAUCCCCAACAGCCCCAUCACGGUGACCAUCAGCCAGUCAGAGAUUGGUGAUGCCAGCCGGGUCCGCGUCUCCGGGCCCGGCCUGAGCGAGGGGCGGACCUUUGAGCCUGCUGAGUUCCUCAUCGACACCCGGGACGCAGGCUAUGGCGGGCUCAGCUUGUCCAUCGAGGGCCCCAGCAAGGUGGACAUCAACACAGAAGACCUGGAGGACGGGACCUGCCGUGUCACCUACUGCCCCACGGAGCCCGGCAACUACAUCAUCUCCAUCAAAUUCGCAGACCAGCACGUGCCAGGGAGCCCCUUCUCGGUGAAGGUGACAGGCGAGGGGCGGGUGAAGGAGAGCAUCACCCGGCGCCGCCGCGCCCCCCCUGUGGCCAACGUGGGCAGCGCCUGCGACCUCAGCCUCAAGAUCCCAGAGAUCAGCCUGGCGGACAUGACGGCCCAGGUGACGGGCCCCUCGGGGCAGCGGCUGGCGGCUGAGGUGCUGGAGGCGGAGAACAGCACCUACUGCGUCCGGUUCGUGCCGGCCGAGACGGGGGUGCACUCGGUCAGCGUCAAGUACAAGGGGCAGCACGUUCCCGGCAGCCCCUUCCAGUUCACCGUCGGGCCGCUGGGCGAGGGCGGCGCCCACAAGGUGCGGGCGGGAGGCCCCGGCCUGGAGCGGGCCGAGGCCGGCGUGCCAGCCGAGUUCAGCAUCUGGACGCGAGAGGCAGGCGCUGGGGGUCUCUCCAUCGCCGUCGAGGGGCCCAGCAAGGCCGAGAUCGCCUUCGAGGACAGGAAAGACGGGUCCUGCGGCGUGGCCUACGUCGUCCAGGAGCCCGGUGAUUACGAGGUGUCGGUGAAGUUCAACGAGGAGCACGUUCCCGAAAGCCCCUUCGUGGUGCCGGCGGCGGCCCCCUGCCAUGACGCCCGGCGCCUGACUGUUACCAGCCUUCAGGAGUCAGGCCUCAAGGCCAACCAGCCAGCUUCCUUUGCAGUCAGCCUGAACGGCGCCAAGGGGGCGCUGGAUGCCAAGGUGCACAGCCCCUCGGGCGCGCUGGAGGAAUGUCACGUCACCGAGAUCGACGAAGAUAAAUACGCCGUGCGCUUCAUCCCGCGGGAGAACGGCCUCUACUCCAUCGACGUCAAGUUCAACAGCACCCACAUCCCCGGCAGCCCCUUCAAGAUCCGCGUUGGGGAGCCAGGCCAGGCGGGCGACCCGGGCCUGGUGUCUGCGUACGGCGCGGGCCUGGAGAGGGGCACCACCGGCAGCCCGGCGGAGUUCGUGGUGAACACGACCAACGCGGGCCCCGGGGCCCUGGCCGUGACCAUCGACGGCCCCUCCAAGGUGCAGAUGGACUGCCAGGAGUGCGCCGAGGGCUACAAAGUGACCUACACGCCCAUGGUGCCCGGCAGCUACCUGAUCUCCAUCAAGUACGGCGGCCCCUACCACAUCGCCGGCAGCCCCUUCAAGGCCAAGAUCACAGGCUCCCGCCUGGGGAGCAGCCACAGUCUGCACGAGACGUCCUCUGUCUUCGUGGACGCAGCCGGGCGGGCGGAGGUGGCCGUGCUGCAGGGGGCGCCCCCCAAGUUCGCCGCGGACGCCAGCAAGGUGGUGGCCAAGGGGCUGGGGCUGAGCAGGGGCUUCGUGGGCCAGAAGAACUCCUUCACGGUGGACUGCAGCAAAGCAGGGAACAACAUGCUGCUGGUGGGCGUGCACGGCCCUCGCACGCCGUGCGAGGAGAUCCUGGUGAAGCACCUGGGGAACCGGCUCUACAGCGUCUGCUACCUGCUGAAGGAAAAAGGCGACUACGUCCUGGUGGUGAAAUGGGGCGACCAGCACGUGCCCCACAGCCCCUUCCACGUCGCUGUGCCGUAGCCCGCCCGCCCGGACGCCUGGGUCCCCGCCGCCUACAGCCCUCGCCCCUCCCCCCGGCGCGCCGCCGCCUUCGC